CCAAAGAAAUUCAGCUUGGCCAAUGUUCAGGAGGUUUUUGUACGAGCAGUAAUAGGGAUUGUAUCACUGUGGUACACUUUUGGUAGCGGCACCAGACUUGAUGUUGGAAGUAAGUAACAAGCUCUCUUGAUAUUUAUUUCUCAUUAGACUUAAUAAGUAUGUUAUUCUUACACUCUGUCUCUAUGAAAAUAUUGUGAUUUUAGAUUUUCAAAAUGUUUUAAUUGCUUAUUACUGAGCCUUCUUUCAAAUAAAAUUGUAUUUAAUAAAAAUGUUAAAUUGCAGGUUUAUUUGUAUGUCUGAUUUGUAUGAUUGCAGACUAUAACUCUUAAUUCUGGUAUGAUGACUAUUUAAUAGUAUUGGAUAUAGUAUUCAUUAUUGUUGCAUUGAGUUCAUGGUAGCCUUCACUGUUAGUGUGAAGAGAAAGGGUCUCAGUUAUGUUUGUAACCAACUUCAUGAACUAACAUGGUUGAUAUGUGAUUAAAACCAAUCUAUGCUCAAAUUCUGCAAAUACUAUGAAUAUGGCAAGGCUAUUCUGAUCAGAUCCAUUCCUAAAUAAUAUCUGUAUGAGAUGUAUAACUGAUGCUGUAUGACUUGUAACUCUACUUAUUUAAUACUUGUUCGGUUCAUUAAUCUGCUUUAUCAUAUUACAGUUUGUGUUUAUCCACAUCUUUUACCAAUCUAACUUUUACAUUCAUAUUUAGAAGGCAUUUCCAAUUCACUUUAUUUUGAUGUGUCCUUUGCUGAAGAUAAUCUCUUACUGUAACUGUACUUGAUGUAGUUACUUAGUUGAUGUGUUCUGUUUGUUCCAGGUAACAGAGUCCCCACCCUCACCGUCCUGCCCCCCUCUAGUGAGGAGCUGUCCAGUACAACAACAGCCACACUGACGUGUCUGGCCAACAAGGGCUUCCCCUCAGACUGGACCAUGAGCUGGAAAGUGGAUGGGACCAGCAAGAAACAGGAGGCCAGUCCCGGGGUCCAGGAGAAGGACGGCCUGUACAGCUGGAGCAGCACACUGACUCUCACUGCCCAGGAGUGGACCAAGGCAGGAGAGGUGACCUGUGAAGCCCAGCAGAAAUCCCAGACUCCAGUCACCAAGACCCUGAGGAGGGCUGACUGUUCUGGGUAGGACCCCUCAGUCACACACCCCUGUGGAGAGAGGAUACUGGUUCCUCUGCUUUGACUUGCUUUGUUCUAAAAUCAGUCGCUCUUCAAUAUAGUGAUCACUCUUGUGUAGACUAACAGGGGGCUUGGCUUGAGUUCAUGUGUCAAUCCAUUCUGUAGAUUGAGAUUUUGUUAGUUUUAGAUUUGAUGUGAUCUGCUUUUAUUCACUAUCAUGUUUGUUUUGAUGCUUCGAUUGUGUGAUAAUGGAUUAAAAUAAAGAUUUCUUUUUGGAAUGUAUAUUUCUGUUGUUUUUAUUAAUAAACUGGAUCAUAGAUACUGUAUAUUUGCAAUAUUCUGGAAAAAUAUGUAUUCAGUAAGGCUGAUUAAUGGUGUCUUAAAAAACUGUCAAGUCUAAAACUCACUCUAACAUCAUAAUUGACCAGUAUUUAAUACUAUCACAAUAUAAUAUGAUAUAAUAGAAGAGGUUCUGCCAUGGUUGUAGUUAACUGUCUUCAUUCAUCAGGAUACUGAGUCUGUGUCAGAUGUGUUUGACUUGACAGACUUUACAGUAAUAAAAUAAGAACUAUCAAAUAGUCAACCGAUAUCUUGGACUCUCACGUGUGUUAUAGGCUUUGAUUUGAAGCUAAUUAUUAUUAUUUUUUUUUAAAUUCCUAAUUCUAUGGUUACGGAGAUGUGUGUAAUGUCUGAGCUCAAAAUCUUUUUCCUGAAAGCAGAGGGCAAGUGUCCAGAUGAGGAUGGUGAUAAAAGUCAUGGUUGUUGUGGGUUCUGUUGUCAUGAAGGACAGCCCACAGUCAUGAAGUGUUCAACUCACAGGGAUAUAAACACUCCCAGACCUCUGAAACAUGUGCUGGCAAUGCAAAGUGUUCUCUCUAACCAAACAGACUUUCAUGGUCCCACAGAGAAACUGUAGUUGAAGAGAUCUUCUUCUUUGGUAUAAUAGUGUUCGCAACAAUUAUGUGUAUUCCGCCACCUACUGUACAUGUGGAUAAUAAGGAUCCAAAAAGGAAAAAAAUGUGGGGUAAAAAAUAAAUAAAUACAUAUAUUUUAAAAAAUCCAUACAAACUAUCAGUAACGAAAUGUUAAUUAAACUAAAUUAAUCAGGUCCCUACACAGGCUCAGAAGGAUCCUGUGAUGGCGGGACAUUUCCUGGCGACAGUAGUCCUUGCAGUGCUUCUGCUGUUAAGUCUUCUCAUUUACAUUUACAUUUACGUUAUUUUGCAGACGCUCUUAUCCAGAGCGACUUACAAAUUGGUGCAUUCACCUUAUAGCCAGUGGGAUAACCACAUAGCCAGUGGGAUAACCACAUAGCCAGUGGGAUAACCACAUAGCCAGUGGGAUAACCACAUAGCCAGUGGGAUAACCACAUAGCCAGUGGGAUAACCACAUAGCCAGUGGGAUAACCACAUAGCCAGUGGGAUAACCACUCGGCUGCAGAUAUAAUGAUGUCCAGCUUCUUAGACACUUGUGCAGUACAAUUAAUAACUGUGGCUAUAAAGGCUACAAAAUACACCUUUUUCACAAUAAGUGUAUCCAGAUUACUUGAUUGAGGUAUAACAUUUGCAACUGGUUGUGUUGCAUCCACCACCAUAUCUUCUGAAGAACUUCAAUGCUCUUCACCGCCUCCACAUAGGAGAUUUGCUGUACAGCCCUGAUCCUUGACACCUCAACCUCUUUCACCCUAACAGAACACUCAGGGUAUUCGGAAUUAUGAUCCCCGCCACAGUUGAAACAUUUUACAUUCACAGACUCUUCAAUAACAUAUUCCUUCCAUCUGCAAACACUUGACACAUGGCCAAACUUUUUAUACUUUUUGCAUUGCUUCGGGUUUUGCACGAAUGCUCUUACAGCGUAUCUUAUAUCCCAACUUUACAUAGGGUGGUAAAUACUCAUCAAACAUCAAUAAUACAGAUAAACUUUGCUCCUUUUUCCCAUUCUCCAUACGGGUCAAGCGACAUGCAUUAACUACUCCUGGAAUUUUUAGCCUAAGAUAUUGAUUAUCAAUGUCCAACGGGACGCCAGAAAUAACACCUUUUACCGGUUUCCUGCUCCGAAAACCAAAGCUGUUCACUUCAUGCGUCGAUAUUUUCGCGAGCCACAAUGCACAUUCCUUUUGCUCUUUAGAUACACACCAUAUCAACACCAUCCUGGUUACUAUGAUAUCAACACCAUACCACUCCUGGUUACUAUGAUAUCAACACCAUACCACUCCUGGUUACUAUGAUAUCAACACCAUACCACUCCUGGUUACUAUGAUAUCAACACCAUACCAUUCCUGGUUACUAUGAUAUCAACACCAUACCACUCCUGGUUACUUUGACUGCAUCCACAUUUCCCAAUGCCUUCUUCACCAUCCUCUGACUUCAAAAGGGUUUCCCAAAUAAACAUCUUUAUCCAAAAAAUGUACUCCAACAAGGAACUGUCACACCCUGACGUAUGAAACUCUAGUAUGUUGAGUCAGGGUGUGGAGUUCUAUGUUGUAUUUUCUAUGUUCUCAGUCUAGGUGUUUUAUUUCUAUGUUUGGCCGGGUGUGAUUCCCAAUCAGACAGCUGUCGCUCGUUGUCUCUGAUUGGCUCAGAUUGGGGAUCAUACUUAGGCAGCCUGUUUACAAUCAUUAGUUGUGGGAUCUUGUUCCGUGUUAGAGGCUUGUAUUGUCUUUAGCCUUAGGACUUGACAUUUCGUUGUUUUGUUCGUGUGUUUAUCGGUGAAAUAAACAUAUAUGCCUUUCACGCUGCGCCUUGGUCUGACCCGUCCUUAAAUGAACGUGACAGGAACGAUUCAUCAGACUCAUUUUCCACAACAAUUUUAGCCCUUUCUGUUCCAUUCUUGGACUUCACUAUUGUCCACUCAUCUUUCUCACUAACUGUACUCAACGCGCUUUCAGCUUCAAACGACACUACUUCUUCUUCCACCAUCUCUCCCCUCGUUGAAGAGAUGUGUGAGCAGCUGACCUUUAAAAAGGUUGAGAGCUGAUUGUCCAGCCAAUCAUGGCCUUGAUUGGUAAAUGAGCCUCAGCUGGAAUCAAUUAAAGACUGUGAAGGUGCUGGAAGAUAGCAGGGCGUGGCAGGAACGAGGUGUUGUACUAACGGUCAGGUGUUUAAGAAAUAUAUAAUUGAUUUAGAGAUUAAACCUGAUGUGGCUUAGACCACAUCUUGAUUUGAUUAUUCCUGGUUAUUGUUCAAUCAGAUCCGAUAGAUCAACUGGACAGGGUGGUAUUUGUACUAUGUUCAUAAGAGAAGGUCUUGUAUAUCGUAAUAUACCUGUCCCAUCUGAAUAUGAAUGUGUGAUGGUGGAAAUAUACAUUGCAGGUAGUAAUAUUAAGUUACACAAUUUUUACAACUGUCUGUAGCGAUGUUUGAUGAAAUAUCAGGAGAAAUGGGCUCUAGAGAGAUAUGGUGCGCAACUUUAAUGCACAUAAUAGUUUAUGGGGAAGCACACAUACAGAUGCUGAUGGUACUAUUGUGGAAGAUAUGAUGGAAACAAGAGCAUAUGUCUUAACGAUGGAUGUGGUACAAGAGUUUAUGUUGUUAGAGGGGUUACAUCCUGCCUGGACCUCGCUGGCUUAUAACUAUAUUGCAUCUAUGUGUGAAUGGAAUGGAUGAUUCUACUGUUGGAAGUGGUAAUUUCCCAAUUUCGUGUACCAUGAACUUUGAUGUUACUACUCCAGAUAGGGUACCGUUCAGAUGAUGGUGCUUUCAUAAUGCAGACUGGGAAAAUUUGGUGAUCAUUGCUUAAAUGUUGGACAGUUGUCUUUAGAGAGGCUGGUUGAUGUAUGUGCUUUCUCUGUGACAUCACUGAUUUUGAGUGCUACAAAUGUGUAUGUACCAGAGAGUGAAGUGGGUGAGAAAAGGAAGGUGUUUCCAUGGUGGACUGAAGAGUGCACUGCGGCUAUUAGAGAAAGAAAUAGGGCUUACAGAGUGUUGCGUAGGUUCUAUGACUCCUGAGAAUCUAAUUGAUUUCCAAAGGAAGAGAGCUUUAGUACGUAGGGUCAUUAAGUCUGUCAAGAGAAAUGCAUGGAGGCAGUUCUGCUCUACAAUAGGCAGGGGUACUGAGCUGGGGGAUGUAUGGUCUUUGUUGAAGAAGAUGACCGGAAGAAGCAAGUCCACUCGAAUUCCAGUUUUGGUUGUGGGUCAAUAAAUAAUAAAGAAAAAGCUGACUUGUUGGGGAAGACAGUUACUAGUGUACAUAGUGGGGUUACUUUGGAUGAAGUAUAAAAGCAACGUAGGUGUGAGAUUUGAAAUGCUCAUGUUAAUGUGAAUAAGAAAGGGAUACUGUUGACUCUUCUUUGGAUGCUGAUUUUACCAUACAUGACAUGCGUUCAGCCUUAAUAGGCUGUGGAUAUACAACCCCAGGUCAUGAUCAGUUGUGCUUUGUAAUGUUUAAGCAUAUACCUGAUGAGGUAAUGCAGUGUAUCUGUUUACUGCAUGUCUUUGUAGACUUAGGGGCAGUUUGCCAGACACAUUAAGCUUAGUCCUGGACUGAAAAGCAAACUCAAUUGGAUAAUCUUCAUUGAAAGAGCUUUUAGUCUAGGACAAUGCUUCAUCUGUGUCCAGGAAACCCCCCUCCUAGUGUUUUGUUGCUCUUGGUGUGCUAAACUGUAGAGCAUGAAUGUAACAUACAUUUAUCUGAUGAAUUGUUUUGUCUAGAAAUGUUUUCAGAGUUUAUUUUUGCCUUUAUCUUUAUAGAUGAAGUGUUUUGUUGUUGUCGGUUGUUCUCAGUACUGUAGCUAGUUGUUUAUCCUGUGUGUAUUCUCUCCUCUCCUCUCCUCUCCUCUCCUCUCCUCUCCUCUCCUCUCCUCUCCUCUCCUCUCCUCUCCUCUCCUCUCCCUCCUCCUCUCCUCUCCUCUCCUCUCCCUCUCCUAUAUAUUCCAUUCUACAAUAGUAGUAGUAGCUGACUCUCCUCUAUCAUCUCUCCUCUUCUCCAGCUCUUCCCUCUGUCAGGCAAACAGUGUCUCUGCUCCCUCCUGUCCUC